UCCAGGUCCCUUUCUCUUCCCCCUCUGAUGCCCGAGAAGGACUGGAAGAUCAGAAUGAGAAUUCCGUGGCUUCUCUUUCUCUUCGGCUUAGGGAUCCUCUCUUUGCACACAGCAGCCAAUGGCAUCGAGCCAACAGGGGAGAAAACUGAGGAAACCACGCACCCCAGUAUCGAGGAGGAGGACAAUGUUUUAGUCCUGAAGAAAAGUAAUUUUGAUAAGGCCCUGAAGGAAACCAAAUACCUGCUGGUAGAGUUCUACGUUACUUUAUCUGGGCCCUCUCAGACUUUGGCUGCUGAAUUUGCCAAGGCUGCUGAAGAACUCAAAAGCGCCGCUGUGGAUGUCCGCCUUGGCAAAGUAGACGUGACAGACCAGAAGGAUUUUAAGAAGGAGUUCAAUAUCCAGGACUUCCCAACGCUGAAGUUUUUUGUCGAUGGUGAUCGCAGCAAUCCCGUUGACUGCAAAGGAGUUAGAACAGCCUCUGCCUUUGUCACGUGGGUAAAAAGAAGAAUAGGAUCCUGCUCGGUGCAUCUCAAUAGCACAAGCCAAGCACAAGCCUUCAUUGACCCGGAAGGUUUGGCUAUAAUUGGCUUUUUUAAGAGCCCUCCAGGAGGGGUGGUGGAGGUCUUCUGCGAUUCCGCAAGAAGUACUCCAGAAAUCCCUUUUGGGAUGACAAGCAGUGAUGAAGUUUUUGCACACUUCGGCAUUAGGGAGAACAUGAUCGUCAUCUUCCAAAAGGGAAAACCUGUUUAUAAUGAGGUGGCAGAAGAAGGGAAACUGAAUCACAUGGAGCUGACAAGAUUAAUUAAAACCUUUACCAUGGAUUUAGUCACAGAGUAUAAUCUGGAGACAUCUGUGAAGAUUUUUGACGUUCCUGUGGAAAAUCACAUCCUUUUGUUUAUCCCGAAGAGUUCAACUGUGUUCAACGAGGCAUAUGAAAAUUAUAAAACUGUUGCCCUGGAAUUCCGAGGGAAGAUUAUGUUCAUCUUGGUGGAUACCGAUGAGAGCCGAAAUGGCCGCGUGAUCGAAUACUUCCAGGUCAUCGAGAUCGAAGUCCCUGCUGUUCAAAUCCUGAACCUGACCAGUGAUGCCAGGUACAAGAUGCCUGCAGAAAGGGUGACCGGGAGGAAUCUGCGGAGCUUCUGCCAGAGCUACUUGGAAGGGACCGCUAAGCGACAUCUGUCCAGCGAGGAAAUCCAAGAAGGCUGGGACAAGAAGCCAGUUAAAGUCCUUGUGGGGAAGAACUUUGAUAAGGUCGUCUUUAAUAAGAAGAACCAUGUCUUUGUAAUGUUCUAUGCACCUUGGUGUGAGGCCUGCCAGAAAGUGCUCCCGAUUUGGGAUGAGCUGGGCAAGAUGUAUGAAAACCGGAAAAAUAUCGUCAUUGCCAAGAUAGACUACACAGCAAACAAUGUCCAGUUACUCAAUGUGGAACGCUACCCAUUCUUCAGAUACUUCCCUGUUGGAUCUGCAACCCGGGUUGACCCAUACAAAGGAGAACACACUCUUGAUGCUUUUGUGAACUUCUUAGAAGAACAAAUUAAGGCACAAAAGAAGGUGUCUUCAAAGACCAAGAAAAAAGAUGUUGUGAAGGAACAGGAAAAAACCACAAAAAAGGAAGAGCUUUAGUAGGUUCUUCCCCUCCCCGCAGCAGCAAAGAUAAUUGAGAGGCGUUACCUUUGAUGUGAUUAUGGGGAAUUUAGGAAGACCUUAAGAAAAUAAAACCAGCUGUGGCUCA